UGAUCAGCCAGCAGUUGACUGACCAGUACGAAUUACAGCUCAUUGUCAAACACCGCGCCUAGUCCUACCGGUAGUACUCUUAGUAAGAGACAUGGCCGCACGCCUCGCUGCUGCUUCCACCGCCGCAUCGGCGAAUCAAGGGUCUCAGAUCUUUGCUCGCGGGAUUCCUCCGUCGAGCGUUAUCUCGCCACUUGGGAUUCCAACCAGCGUCUCCUUGCGCGCCGAUCGCGUCCCUGUGCCACGUGCCACGUCACGAGGGACUCACGGCAACGCCAGGCGGGCAGCAGCGAUGGCUCAGGCUAAGGUUGCAGCAGCCGCAGAGGCGACAGUGGAGCCCCUGAGCGCAGGAUCGCCUGCCCCUGCUCUCUUUGACGGCACCACACGCCUGUAUCACUACAAGGCGUGUCCCUUUGCACAGCGGGUGGUGAUUGCUGUUAACUACAAGAGUCUUGAUUUCAUCGAGCGAGUGGAGAUAAGUCUUCGCAGCAAGCCCGAAUGGUACACAGAGAAGGUGUACCCACCGGGCAAGGUGCCCGCGCUGGAGCAUGACGGCAAAGUGGUGGGGGAGAGCCUGGAUCUGCUGCUGCUGCUGGAUGAUUGGUUUGGCGACAAGGGACCAAGGAUUGUGCCCCAGGACAUCACUCUGGCAUCAGAAGCGUCCACCCUCGUGGCAGCGUGUGGCGACAUCGUGAUGGCAGGCUACUCGUGCCUAUCUCAGCACUACCAGACAGGAGGCGAGGCGGAAGUGGAGGCUUCUAUGGGUGCACAUCUAGAUUCGUUGGAGAAAAGCUUGGCCCAACACCAAAGCAAGGGGCUGUUCUUUCUUGGAAACUUCUCAUAUGUGGACAUCGCCUAUCUGCCCUUCCUAGAGCGGUUCCGCAUUGCCUUUGACCAUUUCUGCGGCACGGACAUCACCAAAGGCCGGCCGAACCUAGGGCGUUGGUUCGAGGCAGCAGCAACCAUGCAGGUGUACACAGACACUUGCAUGGAGCGCGACGCCAUCAUCACCACCUAUCAGCAGAUGCUGGAUAACAAGUACUUCGAGAGAGCUGGGGUAGCAAACACGAAGUCUGCAGCUGCUGAAUCUUCUUCCACAUAGCUGUAGAUACAAGACGAGGUUCUGAAGGUGGAAAGGAAGAAACUGCUUGGUGUAGACAGCCACAUUUGUUUUAUCUUAAAAGUGCCACAUGAUUGUAUUCAUUGUGAGGCUGUCUUUUCUCAAAUACCGGUAGUUAUGAUGAAACAGCGAAGAACAAGACAAAAAUGAUGCAAGGUUAAGGUGUGAAAAAUUGC